AUGGUCUCCGCCGAAGCCGUUCCUCUUCGACGCAUCGAGCCAGCUGCGCAUGCUUCGUCCACCCAUACAACCAUCCCGCAUAGACGCAGUCUGGACGCUAGUACGCAGAUGGUGACAUCCCGUGCGCCCGCCGGCCCUCGCACACGCCAGCUUCCGCGCGAGGCUUUGCAAAAACGCACGUCGUAUCGUCUCAACACCGCAUUCUUCUUGUUCGGCCUGCUCAACAAUGCGCUCUACGUCGUCAUCCUCACCGCUGCACUCGAGCUGCUUCCCCAAGGCGUACCCACAGGCCUGGUCAGUUUUGCCAACAUCUUCCCCGCGCUCAUCGCAAAGGCCGUAUGGCCGUACCUGCUGCGCGGCAGGGUGCGAUAUACCCGCCGCGUAUGGUCGUGUGCAGCACUCAGCUUUGUAGGCAUGCUGCUCGUAUCGUUCUUCCCCGCCCUCACAAUGCGCCUGCUCGGUAUCUCGCUCGCAUCGUUCUCGUCAGGUCUGGGCGAGUUGACGUUCUUGCAACUCAGCACACGCUAUGCGCCCAAGCAUCGAAGCGGUACGCUCGCCGCGAGUGCAGCAGCAAGUGCCGGGAUCGAGACCAACUUCGCCGGCGACGCAGUCGGAUGGUUUGCUAGCGGCACGGGCGCAGCCGGUCUCGUGGGCGCCGCGGCUUGGUGGGUCGUAAGGCCGCUGGGCGUGCAGACGGGUAUGGCGAUACUAAGCAUUCUUCCGGGGUUCAUGGUGCUGGCGUACCUGGCUGUGCUGCCGUCGAUCCAACAGCUGCUUGACGCAAAUCCAGCACGAGCACAAUACGCCCCCAUCUCGACAUCAGACGAGGCUGCCAGCCCCACUGGUGAGCAGCUUCAGGACGACGAUGAGGAUGAAGCUGCAGCUCUGUACGGCGCUGAAGCGGACGCAGGGAUGUCGGGCCCCAAGGACGGCGAUGGCGAGGGCGACGUCAAGGUGCGCUUAAGCUUUGCGGAAAAGAUGACGCUGCUUCGUCCGAUGUUGCUCCGCUACAUCCUGCCGCUCGUCACCGUGUACUUUGCCGAGUAUACGAUCAACCAAGGCGUAGCACCCACGCUGAUCUAUCCUUUGCCGACAUCCAGUUCGCAUCCGCUGCUGGCGCUGGUGGUCAAGAAGCUUACGGACUACUAUCCGCUGUACCAGCUGGUGUACCAGACGUUUGUCUUCCUCUCUCGCUCCUCCAUAUCCAUCUUCAAGCUUCCCGCCAUCCCUCGCCAUUUACUCUGGCUACCUGCAGUGCUGCAGACAGGUCUACUGGUGCUGCUGGCAUCGGAAAGCUUGUAUGCGUGGUUUAGGCAGAGCAUCGCAAGUCCGCUCGUCAUCGUGCUGAUCUGCAUCGAGGGUUUGGCAGGUGGUGCAGCGUACGUGUCGGUAUUCUACAGCAUAGGCGUCGACGAACAGAGCGAUUCGAAUCCCAUUGCUCUCCCCUCUGCAACGGACGAUGCCAGUCAGGCAGAAGGUGGCGAGCAUGCGUACGACCAGGCGUACGCAAUGGCGAAAAAGGCCCAGGAACACGAGUUCCGCAUCGGCUGCGUAGGCUUCGGAGACAGCCUCGGCAUCCUGGCAGCAAGCCUGAUCAGUAUGCCCCUCCAGCUGGGCCUGUGCAACGCCCAAGUCGCCGCCGGUCGCCAGCUCUGCAAGCAAGCCUAG